GUUUGCACAGUAACGCCUCCAGUCGAGGGAACAGUCUCUUGGUGCGUGGCCAUGUAAUAAUGUCCUGAAUCGGAAUAUACCGUUACUCGAGGGAUACAUAUGACCAAGACACAAGGGCACAUACCUGCAAGCGUCUAAACGAUGGGUGCCGUGUCUGUGUGGUGCACAUUCUUCUACCAGAAAGAGUUUCUUCUCAGCUGAGAGCAGCACCGCCCGGACACACGAACAAAAAAAAACGGGUUUGGCUCCUCCUAUGGACUGAGUUGUGCAUUGCACCGUGAAUGACUCACUCCUCCAACAAUGGAACUGACCACUGCCGGCAACAGCAGGAAUGCCUACGGGUCCAUGUAUUCUAAUUUAAUAGAGAGGCACUACAAUUUCACUGGGAAAUUUCGGAAGGUGGAACAAGACUCGGGACUCAAAGCCGACUCUGUGGUCUUUAUUAUCGUGUGCUGCUUCAUUAUUCUGGAAAACAUUUUGGUUCUGCUCACAAUAUGGAGGACGAAAAAAUUCCACAAGCCCAUGUAUUACUUCAUUGGCAAUUUGGCCUUGUCGGACCUGCUGGCAGGAGUGGUGUACACCUGCAACAUCCUGCUGUCUGGAGCUAACACCUACAAACUGAGCUCCACACAGUGGUUCUUCCGCGAGGGCAGCAUGUUCGUGGCCCUGGCUGCUUCAGUGUUCAGUUUGCUGGCCAUCGCCAUUGAGAGGCAUCUCACCAUGCUGAAAAUGAAACUGCACAAUGGGAGCAACACCUGCCGGGUGUUUCUGCUCAUCAGCACCUGCUGGGUCAUCUCGGCCAUCCUGGGGGGGCUGCCCAUCAUGGGCUGGAACUGCAUUGAAAGUAUGAACAGCUGCUCUACAGUGCUUCCCCUCUACCACAAGACCUACAUCCUGUUCUGCACCACGGUCUUCAGCGUCAUCCUCAUGGCCAUUGUCAUCCUCUACGCUCGGAUUUACUCCCUGGUGCGGACGCGCAGCCGCAAGCUCGUGUUCCGGAAGUACCCAAACAGUAGGGGGAGCAAGAGCUCGGAGAAGUCCUUGGCGCUGCUCAAGACGGUCAUCAUCGUGCUUAGCUGCUUCAUCGCUUGCUGGGCCCCCCUCUUCAUUCUCCUACUGCUGGAUGUGGCCUGUAAGAUCCAGAAGUGCGCUAUCUUGUACAAGGCGGAGUGGUUCCUGGCACUGGCCGUGCUCAAUUCGGCCAUGAACCCCCUCAUCUACACCCUCACCAGCAACGAGAUGCGCCGCGCCUUCCUCAAGAUGCUCCCUUGCGAGGUCAGUGGGGGGCCGGCCAGCAGCAAGCUCAGGCAGUCCAUCAUGGGUGGCCGCAGCAAGUCGGACAACUCCUCCCACCCCAACAAGGAGGAGGCCGAGUACUGCCCCGAGACUGCUGUGUCCUCCGGGAAUGUAAACUCCUCCUCCUAGGAGCUCCGUCCUUAUUGGCUAACUGGGGAAUGUACGCUCCGCACAUCAGUCUUCACACUAGAGGCGUGAGAGCAAUCAGCCACAGAGGGCGAAACUGGAAUUACAAUCCUGUACGUCAUACUUGAACUGAGGAACCUGUUUCACAGGACCAAGGUCUGCCAGGGCCAAACGUUUCCUGACAUUAGUUUUGACAGGGAAGCACUUAUGUCUCCUUUAAGUAUUGGAUUAAUCAGUAUUAAUUCACCCUUAUCAUUUCUCCUUAAGUUAAAAGAGUUUAAAACCAAGAAUGUUUUCCUUUGUUCAAAAACACAUGGAGCAGCACUUGUUGUACAAGAGUUCUUAAGGCAGCAACAUUUAGCAAUGUCAGUAUUUCCUAAAAUGUGUUUUUGCAGUGUGAUUUUAGUUUUAUUAUGGGUAUUAUUAUUAAUAUUAAUAAAUAUAUUUACACUAUACAAGAAUUCAAGGGAUUCCAUUUGUUUAGAAUUUUCAUACAGUUCUAGCUCCAUGACAAUGUCCUACUCUUAUCACCGAGAAUGUAUUUUGUACUGAAACCUGUUAUUAUUUAUCCUUCCUUUGGGAUAAAUGUUUAUUGUUGUAGCAAUAAUUGCAAUGUUAAUUUAUCGUUACUCCACUUUAAGCACUACUGUCAGAGCAUCUCUUUAAUAAUGACUGAAAGUGCUAGAAUUUCCCUUGCGGUUCAUGCUGAUUGGUUUGAAACCCAUGUUUUGUACAUUAUUAAGCCUUCAUCUUACCUGUAACAUCUUCUCAGACAUGUGCCACAUCGUUGCAGCUUAACUUGCCAAAACGAAGUAGUUCUGUUCUGUGUCUGACGUCUUAUUUGCACACAAUAUUGUUUUGUUAUUUAGAUGUUAAUAAAACUUCAAAACAACAA